UACAGCUCGCGCCGGCGGCCAGCGCAGCCAGCACACGGACACUUCACAGCAACUCCCCGCAGCUGGAGGCGAGGGCGGAGGCGGCGGCCGCGGGGCCACAAGGCAGGGACCCGGCAGCCCCCAGCUCCGCGCGGAGGCACCGCGCCCUCUCCUCCUUGCUCCCCUGCUCUCCCCCCCACCCUCCCAGCCCCCUCCCCCUCCCUCUCCUGGCUUUCCCAGCAGCCGAGGGUUUCAGAUGUCCCACCGCCGUUUGACCCCCUCCCCGCCCCCCCGCUUCUCCACCCCUGCAAAUGAGGUUUGACCAGCGGAGGCAGAGCCCACCUCGGGCUUGGAAUCACUGACAUUUGGACUCCUGGCUGCAACCUGUUUACAAGCGGGCUUUCCAGAGGAAGGGGGUGGGGAGGGAGGGAAGUAGGGCCAAACAAAACACCAACCGCCAUCUCCCCCCAAACAAGAAGUGACUUUCUGGAGGCUUCAAAUCAACAGGCACCACCAAAAAGAGAAAGCAGGAGGGGGGAAGCAAACAACGGCGACCGGCAGCCGCCUCCAGCCCUGACAACUCCGAAGGGACGCGCUUUUCGAAGGCGGCUAGCAGGCUGGGGCUCUGCGCAGAGGGACCAGAAGGUGCCAACCUCAGAGAGGCGCAGAUAUCUCCCCCAGCCUCUGUGGGUUUUGUUCACCGUGCUGUCAUCUGUUUUUCAGACUUUUUUUUUUUUUUUUUUUUUUUUUUUUUUUGCAUUUAACAUGGUGAAGAAAGGCGUGAAGAAGAGAACAAAGUAACUCCGGGUGGAGUGAAGAUCGCUGGUGACCACCGCCACCGCCACCACCAGCUCCUGCUACUGCGGCCACCCACAUCCACCAUUCACCGGGAGACUCGAGAGGCUCACGGCAGCGGCAGCGGAUCCGAGAAAGGAGCCAGGAGAGGCAGCCGGCCCUUCCGAGGAGUUAUGGAUGUUGGUGUAUUCACUUCUGGCCAGAUCCGCGCCCAGAGGGAGCUAACCAGCGGCCUCCACCUCCAGCUGUCUCCUUGCCUCGCACCAGGUCUUACCCUUCCAGUAUGUUCCUUCUGAUGAGACAAUUUCCAGUGCCGAGAGUUCCAGUACAAUGUGGAAAUGGAUACUGACACAUUGUGCCUCAGCCUUUCCCCAGCUGCCCGGCUGCUGCUGCUGCUUCUUGUUGCUGUUCUUGGUGUCUUCCAUCCCUGUCACCUGCCAAGCCCUCGGUCAGGACAUGGUGUCACCAGAGGCCACCAACUCCUCUUCCUCCUCCUCCUCGUCCUCCUCCUCCUCCUCCUCGUCCUCCUUUUCCUCUCCUUCCAGUGCGGGGAGGCAUGUGCGGAGCUACAAUCACCUCCAAGGAGAUGUCCGCUGGAGAAAGCUGUUCUCUUUUACCAAGUACUUUCUCAAGAUUGAGAAGAACGGGAAGGUCAGCGGUACCAAGAAGGAGAACUGCCCGUACAGUAUCCUGGAGAUAACUUCAGUGGAAAUCGGAGUUGUUGCCGUCAAAGCCAUUAACAGCAACUAUUAUUUAGCCAUGAACAAGAAGGGGAAACUCUAUGGCUCAAAAGAAUUUAACAAUGACUGUAAGCUGAAGGAGAGGAUAGAGGAAAACGGAUACAAUACGUAUGCAUCCUUCAACUGGCAGCACAAUGGGAGGCAAAUGUAUGUGGCACUGAAUGGAAAAGGAGCUCCCAGGAGAGGACAGAAAACACGAAGGAAAAACACCUCAGCUCAUUUUCUUCCAAUGGUGGUCCACUCAUAGAGGAAGGAAUGUUUGUGGACACAGCAGAACUAAAGGCCCUUUCGCCAGGACUAGUCGGUAUUCUUCAUGAAGACAGUAGCUCAAAAGGCAAAGACACAUUGCAGACGUCUGCCUGCUUGCAAGAAAGGAAGUCUUUGGAGGUUUUGUACUCACUGCUGACAUAUGAUGUUCUUUUAAUUAGUUCUGUGUCAUGCCUUAUAAUCGAGAUAAUAGGCAGAUUAAAUGGGAUGGAAGUUAUUCCUAAGUGAACAACACUGUGGCUGGGUUUUUGGUUACGUUUUUGUUUAUGUUCUUGUUUUUGAACCUCUGAGAUAGAACUUAAAGGACAUGGAACAAUCUGUUGAAUGAUCUUCGGGAAAGUUAUUUAUGGAAUACGAACUCGUAUCAAAAACUUUCAUUGCUCAUUCAAGCCUAGUGAUUCAAUGAGCAGUAGGACAUGCAAGCAUUUACUGGAAAGCACUUGGGUCAUAUCAUAUGCACAACCAAAGGAGCUUUGGGCGUGGCAUCACGGAAGAAUUGGAUAAGAUUUAAAAAUGUAAACAUGUUAGCGUAAAACUGUUCUAACAAAACAAAUAGUAUGGUAUGCUUGUGCAUUCUGCCUUCAUCCCUUUCUAUUUCUUUCUAAGUUAUUUAUUUAAUAGGAUGUUAAAUAUCUUUUGGGGUUUUAAAGAGUAUCCACAGCAGCUGCCCUCUGAUUUACCUUUUCUUUUUCUUCAGCACACCCCAUGCAUGUUCAUGACAAAGUGUUUUUAAAACUUGGCAAACACUUAAGACUAGGAGAGGAGCUAGGGAAGGAGGGUGAGAGCCCCAUGUAGUAUCAGUUAACUUAAUAUCACUUCUGCAACAAGAAGAAUCAACAGUAAAUAUGACAGUGCUGGGGCAUGGCUUGAUGAGACAUAUCUGCCGUCAUUUAGAAAGAGCUAUCACUCCUAAGGCUUCCUUUCAUUAAAAAUAGACCAGAACGCCAAAUUCUUUUCUCUCAGUAUAUCAAUGGGUCUCCAAUACAAAAAGAAGGAAAAUUGUGAAGUAAAUUUUAGUAGCCUAGCCUCAUUAUUUGCUAAUGAUUUUUUGCCAUGUCUCACAGUAGUAAGUGAUGAAGAGGCUGUCUGCAUAUAUAAGAACCCUUUGUAAGUCCCACAUAGCACACCUCCCCCAAAGGAAUUGGAAGUGCAACCCUUCCAGGGGCUUAAACUGAGCAAAUAUAUCCUGGUAUAUGUCUAAUCACAUACGGAAACCUGUUCCAGCUGUGUGGCCUAGUCAUUACAAAACCAAAUAAAACUUAUUUUCUGUAAAUUUAAAGAGCUUUGGAAGAUUCCAUAAUGUAACCAUAUCAAAAUUCAUUUUGUUAGAGCAGGCAUAGAAAACAAUACAUAGGAAUAUACCAGUCAUCGUCACAUUGUAUUCCACUAAAUAAACACAUAAGCCUUAUUUGCAGUGUCUGUAGUGAUUUUUAAAAGAAAAGUGUAGAAAAAUACUAUUUGUUUUAAAUACUUUAAAUCAUAACUAUAAGAUUAUAUUGAUGCUGCGGUGUUAUCUUCAUAUUUCUUGUUUUGAAAAGGUCUGUUUAUUUUUAUUGUUCAGACACAGUAUUUUGGUACAAGGGAAAGACUCACUAAAUGUCUUUUUACUAAAGUUUAACCUCUAGAAAGGCUGGUGUUUUGUGAUCCUCUCUUAUAACUUCAUUGUGUCGAUACUUAACCAGCACGUCCAGUUAAUCUGUUACUUAAGAAUCAGUUUUAUUAAGACAUUUUCCCAUAAAGUUAUUCCAUUACAGGUCUUUAUUUUUUUCAUUCCUUAAAAAAGUUGGAAUUUCAAAAGAUAUGCAUUUGAGGCAGAGUGUUUUGGCUUAUGGCUAAAGUUGCAUUUCAUAGCAUUUGGCUUCCAACUUGCUUCUUGACAAAUCAGAUUCUAAAAAAUGUUUAAUUUUUGUGGUGGGAAUCUGUAUGUUAAAAUAUAAUUGGUAACUGAGUCUGAGAGUUGUAAUGUAAUGUAUUGCUAUCAGAACUAGAUUAUCUUUGUUCUUUUAUUUUAAAAUAAUAAUUGCACCUGACACAUGAACGCAGACCACCCAAAACCAAAAUUAAACGUUUGGUAAGACAAAUACAGUAUUAGAUGACUACACUAACAGCAAACAGGACACAAACUGGAUUCGUAUUUCACACGGCCAUUUAGAUUACCAAGGAGACUAUGUGUAAACAGGCAUCAUUAUUGCACUCGAAACACUAAAACAGCUUCUAGCAAAAUGUAUCAAAGCUUGCAGAAGCCAAAAAUAGAAAACAUAUCCCUCACCUCCCCCCCAACACACACACACACACACACACACACACACACACACACACACACAGACACACAGAUAAGAACAGAAACAGUAUGGUAAGGAGUAAGGAGAUUCUCCUGCAUUUAAAAAUGGCAUCUUUGCUUGAUAAUUGAGACAGAAUUCUGGUCCCCUCUGCAGCUGGAUUGUGCUACUGAAGAAAAAGCAGUUCCAGUCUGGAAUAUUAUAUGUUAAAAAGAAAUCAUCAUCAUUUGGGGAGCUCAGCCUCUGUGGGAAGUGUGGCCCCUGGCCAUGAUGUCAAAGUGUGUCAGCCACAAAUGUAUGUCCCCAUCUGAGUGUUGGUUCGGAGAAGACUCCUCAUAAAGAUAUAGAAUCCCUUCCUCCUCCUACCUCCCAAAAGGCUGAACAGUGUAUAGUAUGUUACAUUUAAGUAAAUCAAUAAAAAUGCUGGGAAAAGAAAACA